UAUCCAAGCUGUAAUUUCGAAGUAGGGGUUACUCUUUCCCUAGCGAUUUAUCUUUCCCUACCUCAUCUUACGGCAUGCGUCUUCUGAAUCUCUCAUACUGCUGAUGAUACCUAAUCAGCAUUUCUGUUUCCGAUGAUACACAAGUCUUGGUAGUAAGACGAUCAUGACGGGAACCUAUGAGAUGGAGACGUCCAAAGGUGAUAGCAAUGGCCCACCAUCGGCUGAGCUGAAUAUCGAGCGACUCUCAAUUGAGUCGAUAUCGCGACGAAAAGAUUCCCAAAUCGAAAGAGACAAUCGAGAACUCGAGCGCUUGGGGAAGAUACCGGUUCUUAAGAGAAACUUCGCUUUCAUGUCCAUGGUCGGCUUCACCUGCACGGUCAUGAACACAUGGGAGGGAGAGUUACUACUCUUUACCCAGUCAUUCAGCAACGGCGGGUCCGCAGGCUCUAUCUAUGGCUAUAUUAUUGUCUGGCUUGGCACAUUAUGUGUCUUCGCAAGCAUGGGUGAAUUAGCGUCAAUGGCACCGACGUCAGGGGGUCAGUAUCAUUGGGUGUACAUGUUAGCUCCCAAAAGCUCGCGAAAGUUCAUGAGCUAUCUGAUCGGAUGGUUGACGGUCAUCGGCUGGCAAGCUGCUGUCGCAAGCUUGGGUUUCCUCUCCGCGCAGCUUAUUCAGGGGCUAGCUGUGAUGGGGAACGCUAACUACGAACCUCUGGCUUGGCAAAGAACACUACUUCUCUGGGCUUCGAUCGCAUUCGGAGUAUGCGUCAACACGGUGAUCAGCACUGCUCUUCCGAAAGUAGAGGGACUGGUUUUAAUUGUCCAUGUUCUCGGAUUCUUCGCUAUUCUUGUUCCGUUGGUCUACCUAAGCCCCCACAAUAGUACCGAGGAGGUCUUCACAGUCUUCCUCAACGAAGGUGGAUGGCAAACCCAAGGCCUUUCGUUCAUGCUGGGUAUGAUAGGUGCCGUAUUUAACUUUCUCGGUGCGGAUGGCGCUGUACAUAUGUCCGAAGAGAUUCAAAACGCCGCCGUUAUCGUCCCAAGAGCCAUGGUCUUCACUGUCCUGCUUAAUGGGGCUAUGGGGUUCGGCAUGUUGAUUGCCGUCCUCUUCUGUAUUGUCGAUAUCGACGCCGCUCUCGAAUCUCCAACAGGAUUUCCUUUCAUGGCAAUAUUCGAACAAGGGGUCAGGUCAGAGCGCGGAGCCCAAACCAUGGCCUCGAUUCUCGUGAUCUUGAUGCUCUGUGGAACUGUUUCUGUUCUUGCUUCGGCGUCUCGGAUGACUUGGUCAUUUGCGCGUGAUAGGGGUCUACCAGGCUGGUUCUAUCUUAGCAAAGUGAAUCCUAAGACGUCGAUUCCCAUAUUAUCCAUCGCUCUGACGACAGUGAUCUCGUUUCUGCUAGCCCUUAUUAACAUAGGGUCAUCUGUAGCAUUCAACGACAUUGUCUCGUUGACGAUAAAUGGCAUGUACACCUCUUAUCUGAUCGGAAACAGUCUUCUUCUCUGGCGCCGCCUCACUGGAGGCAUAGGUUCGUACAGCAGGGAUAACACGGGAUUGACCAACGUCUCGCACGACCAACUCUCAUGGGGCCCUGUACGAAUACCAGAACCCCUUGGGACCAUGGUGAACGCAUUUGGCUGUGCGUACCUUCUCGUUAUGGUAUUUUUUAGUUUUUGGCCUACCGCCAUCAACCCUACGGCAGAAACGAUGAACAUGAGCGUUGUGAUGGUAGGGGGGACGAUCAUUUUAUCGCUGAUAUACUAUGCCAUUUGGGCAAGGAAAGUUUACACGGGUCCAGUGAUAGAAAUUAGUUAGAUUCAGAGACCAGUCCAUUGGCAAUUUGUACCUAUUCAGGAUGGACAUACCAUACCGCUGAGAACCAUUGUAAUAGAACCACCCCCCUAAAAAAUAAAAAAAUAAAAAGUCGUACAUCAAAA